AUGGCAUGUGCUACGCUUAAACGAACCCAUAACUUUGACAUCAUGGAAGCGACUUGUUCCAAAAGAAGGCGAUACCAAGCUUUAACUCGGAACUGCAACACGGAAGCAGCAGCGUCAGAAUCCCCAUUCAUCCCGAAGGAGUUAUCAACCCAAACUCAAUUGAAACGGCGCAUCAAGGAGGAAAUCAAACGUCUACAACGACGUCGUUUGAUACCACGAUUUCUUGGAGGUCCCACCCCGGCAAUAACUGCGACAUUCGCCGGUCAUGCAAAGGAUGAAAACGUGGUUGCUUCGUGCAGUGGUAGUUUUCGAUCCAUGGCAUUGCGGUCACCUACUUCAGAUAGUCAAGACUCGGAUAGUGAUCAGUCACCUUUGCGUACCAGUGAACCGAUAUUCCAAACACUUGAGAAUGUCUCAGUUGUCUCCUCACAAUCUUCUUUGAAACCUACACAUACCAUCGAUUCAAUGCCGAUCUUCACCUUACCCCAGGUUACGGCUCUUUGUGAGCGCUUAAUCAAAGAACGAGAAGCAGAGUUACGAGAAGAGUAUGACAGUAUAUUAUCUUGUAAAUUAGCAGAGCAAUAUGAAGCAUUUCUGAAGUUCAAUCACGAUCAACUCUACAGUCGAUUUCAGAACUCCCCAAUGAGUUAUGUGUCCUGA